AUGAAUGCGCCUAAGAAGCGCAAACAGCGAGAGUUCGAAUCGGACGCGACAGAUCAGCAGACGUUCAUACGGGCCGUGGUCAGGUGUCGGGCGCGCAACGAGAGGGAGCGCCGCGAAAACGACAAUGUCGUCGUCUCCACGCAGAACGCCCUGGGCGACACGGUGCAGCUGUCUCUUGGCUCACACUCGCUCAGCGGCAAGAGCUACCAGUUUGACCGCGUUUUCUCCACGGCGGCGGACCAGGUGAUGGUGUUCGAGGACACUGUGAAACCCAUGUUGGACGAGAUGCUCGCCGGGUUCAACUGCACAAUCUUCGCUUACGGACAGACUGGCACGGGAAAGACGUACACAAUGUCCGGAGACAUGCAGACGACGGCGGGGAUGCUUUCGGACGAUGCUGGUAUUAUUCCUCGAGUCCUCCAGCGGCUCUUCGACAAGCUCGAGUCCACCGAGAAAUGCAUCAAAGUUUCGUUCAUCGAGCUGUACAACGAAGAGCUCUCCGACCUCGUAUCGGUGGACGAUGCGAACAAGCUCAAAAUCUACGACAACACAACGCAGAAGCAGCACGGCGCCACGAUUGUGCAGGGGCUGGAGGAGAAGCACAUUCAGAAUGCGGCCCAAGGUAUCAAGGUCCUUCAAGACGGGAGUCUCAAGAGGCACGUCGCAGCCACAAAGUCCAACAACCACAGCAGUCGAAGCCACACCAUCUUCACCAUCACAGCGUACAUGCGCCGGACUGGGGGAAACGGCGGGGAGGAAUUUAUCCAAUGCGGCAAGCUGAACCUGGUGGACCUGGCAGGCAGCGAGAAUAUCCAGCGGUCCGGCGCCGAGAACAAGCAUGCUGCCGAGGCAGGGUUGAUCAACAAGAGUCUCCUCACGCUGGGAAGAGUGAUCAAUGCCCUCGUCGACCGCAACCCCCGCUCCCACAUCCCGUAUCGAGAAUCGAAACUCACCCGUCUACUACAGGACUCGCUCGGCGGACAGACCAAGACGUGUAUCAUUGCCACAAUCUCACCCACCAAGAGCAGUCUAGAGGAGACCAUGUCCACACUGGACUACACUUUCCGCGCAAAAAAUAUUCGGAAUCAGCCCCAGGUGAAUCGAUUCAUCAACAAGGAGAUGUUUCUCCAGGAUCUGGCAAACGAAUUGGAAAGGCUCAAGGCGGAGCUGGUGUGUCAUCGACAGCGAAGCGGCGUGUAUCUGUCGAACGAGUCGUACGAGGAAGUCAUUGCGACCAGCGAGUCACGGCGGAUCGAGCUCGCCGAGCACUCGGCAAAGAUUCAAACGCUCGAAGGGAAUUUGCACAACAAAGCACACGAGCUGCUCAACCUGUCCACCUCGCUCUCGAGCUUGCAAAAGGACCACACGAGCCUGACUGCGCAGCUGGGUGAUGCAGAAGAUGCCGUGCGCCAGACGGAGAAUGUCCUUGCCUCGACGCGGGAGACACUGGCCGAAGAGUCUCGGCUGCGAAAAGCCCAUCAAAGUACGGAGGCAGCCCUGACCGGGGUCGGUAAAAAGCUCAUCUCGACACUCAGCUCCGCCGUUGGUGACGUGGAUGGACUGCAUGCGAAAGGUGAGCGGACAGUAGCGCUGCAUGCUCAGAACAGGGCAGCAUGGCAAGAAUUGCAACAAAUAGCCCGCACGAAGACGCGCGAGGCUGAGCAAGAUGUGGUCGCUCUGCAAGAUGUCCAAGCACACCAUGCAUCGACAGUGCAAGAUCGGUUACAGCAUGUAACCGAGCUCCAGUCGGCCGAGGUCAAGUCUACCCGGGCCCUUCUCGACCUGAAUUUGUCACUUCUCAAUGCUUCGAGGGAGGGUAUCCUGGAUCGCAACUCGAAAGAUACCAUGGACGAGGCUCUGAAGCAGAUCAAGACGCAGGGGCAACUUGCCAAGCAAACACUCGAGCAAGGUUCCCUCUCCAUGUCUGCGGCCGCCCAGAAGGGGAUAGGAAGCUUGGUCUUGGAGAUGGAUGCCACACAGGUACGGAUGCAGAAAUCUUGCCACGAUGUCCAAGCCAGCAUCACGUCUUCUUUCGAGGAGUUGAUGGAGCACUCCAGCAGCCAGAGAAGGGAAGCGCGGCACCACAGGCAGCAGAUGCGUGAUUCCGUGACGGUUGAGCUGGAGAGGAACACAGCGAUGCUGGAAAGGAUGGAUCAGCUCAUGGCCGAUGAGCGGCAGCAGCGAGACCUGGAGAAACAGGAGCUCAUGUCUCAGAUCGCUGGCCUGCUCAGCGCGCAAUCCGAGAGGCAAGAUGCGCGCUUGAAGCAGAAGUUGGCGACGCUCAAGAACGACAUUCAAACCUCUAGCACUGCCAUCGGCCAGAGCGUAUCCCAGUACGACGGCGCAAUGGAGAUAUGGGACGCGGAAGAAUCCCAGUCGUCGGAGCGACUGCAAAGAUGUCAAGAGACGCUCAACACGGGGAUGCAGGAGAGCAUAGAUAUCUGGAGCAGCCACAUCACUGCCGCGCGCACCGCGGCUGAGCGACUGGCUACCGAGAUGGAGGACCUUACGGAGCAGCAUGUUGCCGGCCUCGAUGCCCAUAUGCAGCCGUCGGAGGAUGCCGUACACCGUGCGUUGCACGAGAAUAGUCGUCAUCACGAUGCGAUUGUCAAGUCUGUCCAGGAAGUGUGCAGGCAGGUGGAGACAUCGCACCAGACGCUGUCUGAACGUGGCGAUGCGAUGCUUGAGACAAUGCAGGCCCUGAGUAUUGAGGUCGCCGCCAUAACACAAGAUGCCAAAGAGGGGGCCACGAAGAGGGCAGAUGCUCUCAACGCAUCUCUCCUGGCCUUGAGAGAGGCCUUUGUGCGCACUGAAUUCAAAGAAUACCGGCCCACAGGAAAUACGCCCAGGAAGGUCGUAUAUCGUUACGAAACCGAGCUCCCUCGGACGGCGUCUCACAAAUCCAGCGUCGCCGUGAGCUCCGACAGUUCUGAUGACGAUCCAACGGACUCUGAGGCAGCGGCUGAGAUAGAAGAAAGCUCCAAGGUCGAAGACGAGAGUGUAGAAGAACAAAGGGCGGAAGAUGCCGUGGACGAUUCGCUGGAAGAGCAGCAGGAGUCCUCCAUUCCCAUCUUGCAAGAGCUGGAUGCUAACGUCAGGAGGAACGCAUGUGCGGACACGACGAUUCCUGUGAUGAAGCGCAUUGCCAGCUCUACGCAUCUAAGUAGACCGAGGGCGAAGCAGGCGAGGAGGUGA